AUGCCCGGAGCGUGGCGGCCAGAUGCCCGUGGUCAGGUGGUCGGGUGCCUCGCCCAUCACCACACCAACACCAGUCUCCUCCAGCAUCUUCGCAUCUCGAUCAGCAACUCGUUCGCCAUCCAAGCGUACGGUGUACGCGACGUCAUCUCCGUACGAGCAAGCCGCUCCAUCGACACCCCAUCCUCCUCCGACCCCAUGGCUUCAAGCAACGCAACGCGCGCCGCAGCGCCGCAGGACGCCCCCUCCAAGUCCAAGGAGCCUGCCUUGUUCUGGAAUCCCGAGAACGUGAAGGAUGUCGCCGAAUCGCUGGGAAUAGGCAACCUGGGUGAUGAGCAGCUGCGUACCAUGGCCCAGGAAGUUGAGUAUCGCAUCGGACAGGUUAUCCUCACGGCGCUCCGACACAUGCGACAGGCCAGCCGCCCAAACAUGACCACGGAGGAUGUCGACCGCGCGCUGCAGGAGCUCGAUGUCGAGCCGCUCUACGGGUACGACAGCACUCGACCCCUCCGAUACGGCGAGGCAAGCCUGGGGCCCGGUCAGCCCUUGUUCUACAUGGAGGACGAGGAGAUGGACUUCGAGAAGAUGAUCAACAUUCCCCUGCCCAAGGUGCCCAGGGACUCGACCUUCACUGGUGAGUUUGCUCCUUCCCUCGGAUGCGCCGCCUCUCGGCGAACCCCUCUAUCCUCACACCGAACCCCAAUGCUAACCACCACCCGUCCUGAAGGUCACUGGCUGGCCAUAGAAGGCAGCCAACCAGCGAUCCCCCAGAACCCGACCACCUCCGAGGCCCGCUCGCAAGAGCUUCUUCCAAAGGGCCCUGGUGCGAACCCUGCUCUGCCCGCACUUGCUGGCAACCAGGGCGCCAGCUUCCGGCCCGCCGUGAAGCACAUUAUCAGCCAAGAACUCACCAUGUACUUCGGAAAAGUUCAAGCUGCUCUCCUGGACGACAACCCCGAGCCUUCGGUCCAAGAUCUGCGAAACGCUGCCCUGGAGUCCAUCAGGUCCGACCCGGGCAUCCAUCAACUCAUUCCCUACUUUGUGAACUUCAUCUCUCACGAAGUCACUCAUCACAUGGACGACAUCUUUGUUCUCCGGCGCAUGAUGGAGUUGACCGACGCCUUGGUCGACAACCCCGAGAUGUUUCUCGAUCCCUACGCCAGCUCUCUCUCUGCGGCAGUCCUCACUUGCCUCUUGGGACGCAAGCUCGGCACCGAGAAUGGCACAGACGCCUUGAAGGAGCAGUACCAGCUCCGGGAGUUUGCUGCUAGCCUGGUUGGCCGCAUCUGCCAGAAGUACGCUGCCUCCAACAAGAUGCUCCGCCCCAAGAUCACGCGAACCUGUCUCAAGCAUUUCCUCGACUUCAACAUGCCCCCGGCGGUCUGGUACAGCUCCAUCCUCGGCCUCGCAGCCUCUGGCGGCGCUGAAGCAGUCAGGAUCCUCGUGCUGCCUAAUCUGAAAAACUUCUCGGAGGGCAUGCUCCAGAAGCUCAAGGAAGGCGGCUCGGAGGGCAAUCGCAUCGAGUUCGAAGCCAUUAUGGGAGCCAUCAUCAAGGCUGUCCGUACGCUGGCACCAGAACAGGAUCUCCACAUGACGAACGGGGUCAAUGGCGUGAGCGAACGGGAGACCACCGAGCUCAAGGACUUCGUCGGAGAGAUCAUUGCAGAGAGGCUCGUGAGACUGAGCGACCACCGUCUUAUCCAGUUAUUCCUAGACGCACGAGCAUUCGCAUCCCACUAG